AUGAAUCCCAUCAUUUCAUCCAUAUUUAUCUCUAACUUAGCCCUUGGAACAAUCAUUGUUGCUGCCAGCUAUCAUUGAUUUUUAGCCUGAGUUGGAUUAGAACUAAAUACCCUAGCCAUUAUUCCAAUACUAGCUAAACAACACCACCCACGAGCCACUGAAGCAGCAACAAAAUACUUUAUUAUCCAAGCAACAGCUUCAUCUAUUAUCCUACUUUCAAGCGUCAUCAACGCUUGACAUACCGGAACCUGAGAUAUUACUCAACUUACUUCACACCCCACUCCUACCUUACUAACAAUUGCCUUGGCUAUAAAAUUAGGCCUUGCCCCAAUACACUUUUGACUCCCAGAGGUUAUACAAGGAAUCAACACAUCAACUGCCCUUAUUAUAACAACCUGACAAAAACUGCCACCAAUAACACUACUAUAUUUAACUACUCAUCAACUUCCAACUAUAGUCGUAUUACUCCUAGCUGUUCUAUCUGUCCUAAUUGGAGGCUGAUCUGCUAAAAGCCAAACUCAAAUACGUAAAAUUAUGGCCUACUCAUCAAUCGCACACCUCGGGUGAAUGCUCACAGCACUCUCCCUAUCACAAAACCUGCUAUUAUUUACCCUAUUUAUCUAUAUUCUUAUAACUUCCUCAAUAUUUCUGGUCCUCAUCUCCUCUAUGUCCAAAACUUCAAAAGACCUUGGACAACUAUGGUCAACCUCUCCAGCCAUUACAUCAAUUUCCAUAAUUACCCUAAUUUCUCUAGGUGGCCUCCCUCCACUCAUUGGCUUCUUACCAAAAUGAUUAAUCCUUUCGGAACUUACAAACAACCACCUCACCUCCAUAGCAGUUAUCCUCGCCCUAUCAUCUCUCCUUAGUCUUAUAUUUUACAUACGACUAACAUAUACAACAACUCUCACCAUUUCCCCAAACACAACUAAUUCUAUAAUGAAGUGACGAUUUAAACUAACAAAACCACUCAACAUAGUCCCCAUAAUCACCUCCCUCCUCACCCUGUCACCCCUCCUACCACUAAUUUCCCCUU